CCUUCCACUGCUCCCAGUACUCCAACUGUUUUCCUGCCAAUCAACAAACCGGCAGCAAUCGCGAACAUCCAGUUACCGCUGUCUUGCGCCCGGACGCGGAAUACAACUGUCUACCAUCGCCAUUGACAUCACAUAAUCCCACUCAGUCUGCAGUCAUGGAUUUAGAUAUUGAAAUGGACGUGGACGACGUUCAUGACGUUCAAGACAUCCCCCAGAUACCUGAGGCAUACACGCACGACAUCAUCACGGGCGAGGAACAGGAACCCGGCGAGAUUGACGAUGACGGUCCCGACAACGUUCACGGCAACGGCGACCAUGCUCAGUCCGACAAGGCACUUGUCCCUACGAAAGUCCACGUUCGCGGUCUUGACACAUUCAACCCUGAGCAAGUCAAAGGCUACGUUGCCGAGCACUGUGGAUUGACCCAGCUCGACAGGGUGGAGUGGAUCGAUGACACCAAUGCAAACCUUGUCUUCAGGUCCGAGGCUAUUGCCCAGGAGGUUCUCGUUGCUCUCGCAUCGGUCGCUAUUGCCGACCCAACAGCACUACCGCCACUGGAAGAAGUCCCCGCCAAGGGCUUCUCGGGAAAACCAGAUAGCGUAUUAUUUGUCCGCUUCGCCGUCCAGGGAGACAGGAAAGUCGUCGGUGCUGCGGCCCGCAGCCGUUUCUACCUUUUACAUCCAGAGUACGACCCAGAGGAGCGAAAGAGGCGUGGCGAGUUCAGAGACCGGAGGUACAGGGAUCGCGAUGAUGGCCCACGGGGCAGGAAAAACUACAGGAACGACCGAAACGACCGCCGCAGAGAACUUGAGGAAGAGGAGAGUGAGCCAUUUGACGUCAAUCUUUACGAUGACGACUCGACAGCGCUAGGCAAGCGCAUCACAAGGCCUGCUUCGACACGUCCUCGGUCGCGGUCUCGGCGUGGCUCGGUUUCUAGCAAUUUUUCGACCGAAUCUAACAGAUUGAGGUCGUACUCGCGACAGAACCGAGAAAAGGAACUCUUCCCUAACCGCCGCCGCUCCAGAUCGCCACGCCAGCGCAAUCGAUCAGCAUUACCUCUACGAGAUCGUGAUAGUGACGCACGGAUGGAUUUAGACGCCGAGAGAGACAACAGAUACAGGGAUGCUGCUUCGCUACGCAGCCGGGAGAAGGGUCGGGCGAUCAAGGAGCGUUUGGCCAAGACCGAAUCUCCCAGAGAUCGAAGCAGAGACGACAACACCACUAAGGAGCUUUUCCCCUCAAAAGCCAACAAGCCCAAAGAACUCUUCCCUACCAAGGUAUCUUCAACUAUUGGCAGCAGGGCAAUGAUGGAUCAAGUGGAGGAGGACGUCGGAAAGUUGGCAAGCGCUAAAUUAGCAGAUCGAAUUACGCGGACAACGACAACAACGACAUCCGCCGGGGGUUUUAGCAUCCGUGGUCUGGCGACCAAGAACAUUAGCACCGACCAAGGGUUCAGGAUCAAGGGGACAGGGACGACAAGCACGACGGUAAAAGAACUAUUCCCGGAGAAGUUCAGCGGAACAGGAACCAACGCAGGAAAAGAAUUGUUUGCUGAGAAAUUGGAGGGUAGAGGGCAGAGGAGGCGAAGAGCUGAGGAUAUGUUUUAUUAGGCGACGGCACCUCGGCGAAAAAUGGAUGAAUUCAUGCUUGCGACCUACAUAAUCGAGGGAGCCGGACCGUUGAUACUCCUAGGGAAGGGACAAGAGCAAGAUGCUCAUUCAAGGCAGUGUGCUUAUCUGGCCCUAUCAUCGAUCCCGCGUCACGUCAGUCGGUUUAUGCCGCUCAUGUCCGAC